AUGGCUUCAUUGCGAGCUGCCUAUGAAGUAACGCGGCCGUUGCGACAGCCCGGCUGUCUCAGAGGGUACUCCACCAAAGAGCCCGUCGAUAUCAAUUCAAUUCUGGCCAAGCCAACUUGGUCUGUUCGAUCUCUGCUUCCUACCAAGUCAUCGGCCUCUUCCACGCCAUCAAUCACAACCAAGCAACUCCGACAUCUUCUCCGCCUGUCCGCGCUGCCUCAGCCCUCGAAUGCGGAGGAAGAACAGUCCAUGCUACAGACUCUCGAGUCGCAAAUCCACUUCGUGAAGGAAAUCCAACAGGUCGAUACCGACGGGGUAGAGCCACUGCGCAGCAUUCGUGAUGAGACCCCAGACGCAGUGAAAGAAACAACCAUAGGGCUCGACCAGCUUCGAGAAGCUUUGGCUAUGGAGCGCGUGAGCGGAAGAAGAAAACGUAUUCACCGAGUGCAAGGCGAGAAGAAUAUUCGUCCAGAUGGUGAAACAUGGGACGGCAAUGCCCUCGGGUCAGCUUCCAAGACCAAAGGCAGAUAUUUUGUCGUGGAGGCCGUCGCCAAUGGCAGCAGUUGA